UUAAAAAAUGACGUUUUUGGGGAGUGAAGCUGACCUCUGACCUUUUUGUCUCAGACACAUGAAGAUCCAUGAGAAGGACCCGGCCAACAGUCUGCUCUCCGUCAGCCCCCCCUCCCCCACCAAACGCCGCCGUCCGUCCGUGAAGAGGAGGCAGGGCCCGGAGGAGGAGACCGGAGAGGAGCCGCCGAGCAAGAGGGUUGUGGAGGACACAGCGGUGGAGGAGUCGGCGGCGGCGCUCCGCGGAGGCGAGGAGGAGCUGCUGCCCUGUCCCAUCUGCUUCAGGACCUGCAGCUCCAGACUGGAGCUGGACGCUCACAUGGACACACACCCCGACACCGCACUGAGGUACACACACACACACACACACACUCUGAAUGGAUGGCUGGAAAACAAGAUAAUAAGUCACCAGAUGAGUGAGAGAAACGGAGAGAGAGAAUUUAAUAAGUCACAGAGGAGAAGAGGUUUUGGGACACGCUCGGCUAGGCUUCGUUUCCAUGACGACACCCCCAUCCCCCAAAAAAGGAGAGUUCAAAGUUUGUCGUGUGUUCAUGGUGUCGUAACCUCGCAGUUGUUUUUUCAAAGAUGAAGAAGGUUCGAAGAAUGAAUAAAAGAGUGAAUAAAGUAAGAAAAACAGCAAGGAAAC